AUGGUUGUGAUGGAGGAAAUCGUGGGACGCGCUGACGGACACCCGCGAGAAGAAAACUCUGACAAGAGGCAGCAGCCCACCACAUGUGGAGCAAUAUUGACACAGUUGAGCAAUGUUCUUUGCAAUGGGAGCGAAGAUCCUGCCAUCAACGGCAAAGGGAAGGAGGUAGUGGAGGAGGCAGCCAGGUUGGUGAGGGAGUUGAAGGUCAAACUGGGGGAGGUGAUGCUGGCCAAGGUGGAAGACGCGACCGUGGCGACACGCGCACAACGCCAACCCGAAGGAGUGAAAGAAGCCAAACUGUCAUCAUGGGCCAAGGUCGCAGGACAGGGAAUUCCAGAAAAACCAGUGCCUAACCGAACCCUCCGCGAGAUUACUGUCCUACGCCGGGACUGCGAAGCCCUCCCAGCUGAGGAGGCCACCCCCCCAGCGAUUGUGGCAGCCGUCAACGCCAGAAUUAUGGAUGUGACAAAGGGAAAGGUGCUUGCAGCAAGAUGUCUCCCCAUCUUGGGACAAAAGGCGAAGGCAAAGCACACCCUGUACCCAGUCAUGGUUAAGGGAGUCCCAAUGGGCAACACCAACUGGAAGGAGGAACAGCAAGCCAUCAAGGCAAUUUACGCACAGAAUGAAGGACUCCGAAGAGGGGUACAAAUUGAGAGACUGUCUCUACGACGGAAUGCCAGCUUGCAGGCAAAGGUUGGGUCUCUUGUACUCAGCGUCACCUCGCCUCAGCAAGCCAACCUACUAGUAGACAAUGGAUUGAUAAUAGACAGCAUAUUUUGUGACGUUGAAAUCUUCCACCGGGAAGCGCAGGUCACCCGGUGCUUUAACUGCCAUGAGCAGGCCAAAAGGUGCGGGUUCUGCGCGGCAAAAGAACAUGACGACAAGGAAUGCCCAGCACGAAAAGCUGGGGAACAACCGAGCACCACAGAGCUCACAACCUGGGUCUCAGCUACAGGAGGACCUAAUGGACUACACGCAGACCCCAGCCCCCACGCAACAAUGAGGGACACACUAAACCUCCUACAAUAUAACGUGCACAACUCUGCGAGAGUUAUGGUCAAUGUGUAUGCACCUCCUCCAGGGGGCUACAGCAGUGAACCGGAGGAAUCCCCCAUAGGCCAGCUGCAGGAGGUAGCCGGAAUGGGCACAGAUGCAGAGCUGGUCAUAUUAGGAGAUCUUAAUGUCCACCAUGAGAGGUGGGGAGGGGUGAGAGUGGAGAGAAACUUCCGCAUGGCAUGGCAGCUAAUAGCACAGGUGGAUAGGCUGGGUCUCCAGCUUGCCACACCUGUAGGGGCUACCACAUGGCAGGACAGAGGCAGCCCAGGAACGACUAUAGACCUCACCUUUCUAUCACCACUCCUGCACGACAAGCUCAGGAGGUGUGCAAUAGCGGAGGAGGCAUGCAAAGGAUCUGACCAUAAGCCCAUAGAAACAACACUGGAACUCACACCCAUCCCAAAGGAGGCUGAGAGACGAAACUGGAAGAAUGCGGAGCCUGAGGAGGUAGCAAGGGACUGCCAAAAGCUAUAUGUGCCACAAAGCCUGGACUCCAGGCAAGCAGUCAAGGAGUAUGCAGACUACCUGGUAGGAUUUGUAGGGACAUUAGCGGACAAACACGCCACCGUAAGUAAGGCUGGGUUAAAAUCCAAGACAUGGUGGUCACCGAGGGUGGCCAAGGCAGUGGAGGAGUACAAGCAAGCUAGGAGGUCCCAGCUCCCAGAAAUGGAGCGGCUCAGGGCACGCUGCAGGCGCAACAGAGAAAUCCACUUGGCUAAGACAGCAAACUUCAGAGAUCUGGUUGACAGGACCCGUGGUGACCCCAGAUUGAUGUGGGGACUAGCAAAAUGGGGCAAGGAAAGAAGCCAUCUGCCCCCACAGGCACCUACUGUCCCCCCCCUGAGAACAGGGGAAGGGGCUGACGCGACGGUAGAAACCUCUUUUGAGGGGAAGGCUGAGGCAUUACGACAACGGUUCUUCCCACAGCCAGAGCCCGCCGACUUAAGUGACACCAAUAUGGAGCUGCUGCAAGCUGAAAGGGAAGCGUCAAAUGACACCAUCAGUGUGGAGGACAUGGAAAGCCUGAUCCAGAGACUGCCAAACAGGAAGGCACCAGGGAGGAGUGGGAUCACCAACGAGUUCCUUAAGAUGCUGGGCAGAACAUUUGUGGAGGCCAUAACAGCUCUCACCAAUGCAUGCUGGCAUUGGGAGACUUACCCAGACACGUUUAAGGAAGCCAAGACAGUGGCCUUGCGCAAGCCAGGGAAGGCUGACUACCAGACUGCAGGAGCGUGGAGACCCAUUGCCUUGCUGGACACAAUAGGGAAGAUUGUGGAGGCAGCAACUGCAAAACGCCUGCGGAAGAUCGCGGAGGACCACAACCUGCUACCCUCACAGCAAAUGGGGGCAAGAAGGGGCAGGUCCACUGAAACAGCCAUAGCACAACUUCUAGCCCAGAUAAGGACAGUGUGGCAGCACCCAGGACAGGUGGCAUCGGUACUCUCCCUAGACAUGACAGGGGCCUAUGACAAGGUGCUGCGGGAGCGAAUGGUUCACAUCCUCCGGCGACUGGGCAUCCCCAGGGACCUGGUGGGAUGGGUUGCGUCCUUCAUGACCAACAGGAAAUCCACAAUUGCCUUUGAGGGCCAGGAAUCAGACACCUUUGACAUCCCAGCAGGCAUCCCGCAGGGGUCACCCCUAUCACCUAUACUAUUCCUAUUCUACAAUGAGGAACUGGUGCGCAUCUGCUCAAGACCGGGGCGCCCGGUGGUGUGCAUGGCCUUUGUAGACGAUGUCAACGUGAUGGCCUAUGGCCAGUCCACUGAGGACAACUGCAGGGAGCUCCUGCGCAUGCAUCGGGCAUGCGAGGAGUGGGCAGCACGGCACGGGGCGGUCUUUGCCCCCCAGAAGUAUGAGCUAAUGCACUUCACACGGGCGCGCAACCAAUUCAACCUACAGGCUGAGCUGAGACUACCAGGACAAACUAUACAACCGAAACAGGUGAUGAAGGUAUUGGGUGUAUGGUUAGACUCUAGGCUGAGAUGGAAGGGCCACCUGGACGCGGUGGCAGGCAAGAUGAAGACUCAAGUCAGAGCACUGUCCCAAACCACCCAAUCCACAUGGGGGCUCCCACUACAACAAGCGAGAAUGGUGUAUAACAUGGUCAUCAGGCCGGCCCUGACCUAUGGAGCAAUAGCAUGGCACCAGCCACAGGGGCAGGGGGGCACGGGUCCAGCUAAGUCAGGACUGGCCCUCAAGCUGACCACAGUGCAGAACUCCUGCCUCAGAAUAGUGGCAGGGGCAUACAAAAGAACCCCAACAAGCACACUGGAAGCGGAAACCCACACAGUACCCUUAGACAUCCACCUGGAUGGGCUAGUGGCAAAGGCGGUCAACAGGAUGAAGGCCUCAGGAAUGGCGCAACAAAUUGAGAAUGCGUGUGCGGCCAUAAGGACCAGGCUUCGGCACCGGGGGGUGACAAGGGGGGCACAGAGACACAUGGGAGCUGUGGUUCACCCGGCAGCCCUGCCAGUGGACUGGGAACAGCAAUGGAUUCAGGGUGCUAAGGAGAGAGCCACAGCAGAGAUGACACCGGAACAACGAGCCAACCUGGACCAAGCCUCAUAUAAUCACUGGCUGAAGCGCGAGCAGCUCUGGAGGUGGGUGCAGAGGUGGAAAAGACGUGAGCCCCCCUGGGGGGAGCGGCAUGGCCGGCCCCCAGACAAGAAAAUUCUGAAGUGGCACACCGGCCUGCGCAAGGCUCGCAGCACUAUCAUCAUCCAAUUGAGGUCAGGGAAAACCGGACUGGCAGCUUUCCUAAACCGGUGUAAGGUACCUGAAUUCCCCACCCCACGGUGCCCCUGUGGGUAUGAAUGGGAAACAGUCGAACAUGUUCUGAUACACUGCGAACGCUGGGAGCAGCAGCGUCAGGGCCUUAUAAGAAAUGGCAGGCUAGACAAGAGGAUGCUGCUAGACACCAAGGAAGGCCUGCAUCUCCUGUCAAACUGGUGGAUGGAGAGCGGGAUUCUAGGCCAGUUCACAUUAGCACGCGAGCUGACACACUAUGUACCAUAA